GCAUGAAAAUAUACCAUUAUUUCAUGCGAAAAAGGAAAUUUCAACAUGAAACGGCGUCGUUGCCUGCAAAAUCUUCUUCGUUGUCCACCUUCAUCACAAGGUAAAAAAAAUAUCAGAAAAUAGGAAACCUCAGAAUCCAGCUUUAACAGAACCCUACUUUUUCCUUUUCCGCUUUAUAAUCAUUUCUAAAACCCUAAUUCUCAUUCAUCCAUUCAUAUAUCAAAGCAAGAGCAGAAGAGCAAGCAUAGGGCUGAGAUUCCGGCUCCAAUUCUUCCGUCUCAAGAUGGCAUCCUCCGCCGCCACCUCCUCCGCCGCCGCUAUGUUCGGCACCGCCGCCGCCUCAGAUGGCUGCGCACGCCGAGUUUUCGUUACGACCACCGUCCAGCUGCGCGCCUCCCGGAGCUCUCCCGCCUUCCUGAGAACGAGUGGAGCUAUCAACACUUACGCCUCCUGCAGCAAUUCGUCCGUUGUCAAUGCUGCAUUGACUACUGAGGCAUCUGCUAAGGUUAUUGAUGGGAAAGCGACUGCCAAAGAGAUCAGAGAGGAAAUAGCUGCUGAAAUAUCAAAAAUGAAGGAAUCUAGUGGGGUUGUUCCUGGACUGGCUGUUAUUCUUGUUGGAGAGAGGAAGGAUUCUGCAACUUAUGUACGCAACAAGAAAAAAGCCUGUGAUACAGUUGGAAUCAAGUCAUAUGAAGUGCACUUAGCUGAAGACUCCUCAGAACAAGAAGUCCUUGAGCAUAUCUCAUGCUUCAACGAUGAUCCCGCAGUUAAUGGUAUCCUUGUUCAGUUGCCUCUACCUUCCCAUAUGAAUGAGCAAAAUAUAUUGAAUGCUGUCUGUAUUGAGAAAGAUGUUGAUGGAUUCAGCCCUCUGAAUAUCGGCCGCCUGGCCAUGAGAGAUAGAGAACCACUAUUUGUUCCGUGCACGCCCAAAGGAUGCAUAGAGUUGUUGCAUAGAUAUGGCGUCCCAAUCAAGGGAAAGAGGGCUGUUGUAAUCGGCAGGAGUAAUAUUGUCGGAAUGCCAGCUGCCCUUCUCUUGCAAAGGGAAGACGCCACUGUUACAGUCGUCCACUCAAGAACAAAGAAUCCCGAGGCGAUCACUCGAGAAGCAGAUAUUGUGAUCACUGCGGUGGGACAACCAAACAUGGUUAGAGGCAGCUGGAUCAAGCCCGGUGCUGUUGUCAUCGACGUUGGAAUCAAUCCUGUUGAGGACGCGAGCUGCAGUCGUGGAUAUCGGCUAGUUGGAGACGUGUGUUACGAGGAGGCUAGCAAGAUUGCUUCGGCCAUCACCCCGGUUCCCGGGGGAGUUGGGCCGAUGACCAUAGCAAUGCUUCUCUCCAACACUCUCACCGCAGCUAAGCGAGCCUACAAUUUCGAGUAAAUUAGCAAAAAUUUGGGUUGAAGUUUGAGAAUGAGGAAAUGGUUUCCUUUAUUCCCUUGUUGGUUUUAGAAACUUGCCUCAUUUUAAUAUCUCUCCCAUUAAUUAGUCGAGGUAUAAGACAAUGAAACACAACUCAGUCGGUAAGUCGCUUUCCAUCCAACCAUUAAGUUGGAGGUUUGAGUCAUCAUAGUGAAAAAAUAUGAAAUCGAAAAAUUAGACAAGUUACAAGCACCAAGUCUAAUGAUUAUGAGUUAAUUGCUUCCUUA